AUGUGGACCGGGAAGCUGUACGGCGUGAUGUGCUUAUCCUUGCUCUUCCAUAGUCAGUCCAAUCCUGACUUAGAGAACGUUCGUGGCUCAAUAAAGCAAUACCGUGAAAGAAUUAGCCAAUGCCUGGUAUUGGGUAAGUAUCAUGAUUGUCCUCCGGAUACAAUUGAGACACUUCUCUUCGCUUUAAAUGCACGGUUUCUACAGAGUGGAGAUGCGCAAACGGACGAUCUCAUUUUCCUUGGCAUUAUUGUGCGUAUGGCCCAAAGAAUGGGCUAUCACCGCGAUCCUUCUCAUUUUCCCCACACAUCGCCAUUUCAGGGGGAGAUGCGACGUCGAGUGUGGUCUAUAAUUGUCGACACGGAUGUUCUAGUGUCCGCUCAGGUUGGACUUCCACGACUUCUCCGAGAAUAUCAGUCGGAUACCGCGCCACCCAGGAAUUUACUGGAUGAUGACUUUGAUGAAAAUACAGCCGAGCUACCUCAACCGCGCCCUAGCUCAUUCGAGACACCAACACAGUGGCUGGUGGCGAAGAACAGAUUGAUAUCCAUGUUUGGCAUCAUCACAGACUUUUCAACAUCGAUUCGAAGACCAGAAUACGCAGAAGUCAUGCGCAUGGACAAACUCGUCCAAGAAACAUACACUUCCACACCUGAAAAUCUGCGAGAAAGAUCAAUGAGCAAGUCUCUCAUGGAUACCCCGGGUACAAUCAUUCUUCGGAUUCAAUUAAUCCUUCUCCUAGAGAAGGCAAAAUGUGUACUACACUAUCGAUUUCUUGCUCUAGCAAGAACCGACAAGGGAUUUGCUUUCUCUCGCACCACAUGCAUUGAGUCUGCCCUUCAUGUCCUUGAUUAUCACUUCCUUGUCCACCAGGAAACAAAGCCAGGGGGUCGCCUUUUCAAAGAGCAGUGGAAACUUCUAUCGCCGAUCAUGCGAAGCAACUUCUUACUGGCAACCACUUUGCUUUGCUUGGAGUUGAACUUCCACUUCUCAAUUGAUUCGGCAGCAAAUCCAGAGCAAAUCCCAUUAACCGAAGUCGUGGUCCAGCGGAUCCUUCAGGCUUUGCGAAGAUCUUACACCGUAUGGAUUCAACUGAAAGAUGCACCCAAUGAAUCUGGAAAGGCAGUACAAGCAUUGGAUCUGGUUUUUAGUAAAGCCCAGAGACAGGUUGGAGAUGUCUUCUCGGCUCUUGCCCUCGAAGCUGGCGGCUUGGCAGACGUUACAACUAGCCAACCGCAGAAUGCAGGUAUUGUGGCCUUGAUCCAUUCUAAUUUUCAUGAGAUUAUGGAGUUUGACUUGAAAUUCAACAAAUAA